UAGAAUGUGUGUUUCUAGGCCCAGUGAAGCCUUCAUGGGAUAUUGUCGUGAUAUUUCCAUCCCCGCGGUUCUAAUCAGGUCGCUCUGAUUGGCCACUCUCUUGUCAAGUCGAUUUUCACGACUAGCUCAUUCUCUUCUCACAAUCACGUGUAGUGUGAACGUUGACCGAAUGAUGGCAUGAGGGCUCCGACGUCCAAGGCAACGACUGCGCCGAUGUAAACACAGUGGCAGUGAUUUAGAGUGUAGCGAUCAAAAUGUAUCACUGGGUCGGCUCAAAGACAUUUGUUGAUGCCUUUUACAUUGGCCUUAUUCUCAUCGCAUCUUCGGGUUCAGUUUGGAGUUUGAAGUGUGUACAGUGUAUGUCCCUCAAAUUCCCUGAGUGUGAGACAGGCAAUGUGGGACCUACAGAAUGUGUUGGCAAAAAUUCAAACGCCAAAUACUGUGUCAGAUAUUCAGGGAAAAUUCAUUUGGGACAAUUUGUCAUCCGUAGUUGCAGUGUGACGGACUAUAAACAGACCUGUCAGGAGGGGCAAGUUGAAGAGGAGGUUGUCAACGUCUGCUACGUUACCUGCAACUACGACGGCUGCAACUCUGCCCACUCCUCUCUGUCGCCCAGACUCUCUGUUGUCACCUUUGCAGCCACCGCCGCCAUAUUUUCUAUUUCUAUUGCAUUUGUAUUAUGAUCAUACCAGUAAAAUGUUCUUUUUAUACAAACUGGGUUUUGUAAUUGUUAUUUGAUUUAACAUAUUUCAUUCACAAGCGAAAAGGAUUGGGUGUAAGUGAAUUUAAGAUAUAUGGAUGAACAACUUCUUUAUUACAAUCAGGAACGAUGUUUCGGUGUAGGUUCUAACACCGUCAUUAAGCAAGUACAGAAUGAGGUUGACAAGCAUAUAUACAAGUAUGAGGUAAUGUUUCGACAGUUGAAUAGAUUGGGGUGUAGUUACAUUAGAGUGGGGAAGUCUGUGAUGUAAGCAGUGCGGUAGGUUUAAGGUAAAAAUGCUAACAGACGAAGCCAGUAGUGUAAGCAAAGGGAUUAUCACUGAUUGUAGUCUUUGAUGAGUUAAUGGUAAGCCAAUGUAUGUAAUAGCCUUGAUCACGACUAAUGGUAGGAGUGUUUUGAUGUAGGUGUCUAGUGGUAGCGCGCCCACCCGGAGAACGGAAGGUCCGGUGUUCUAUGACCUGCCGCGUCAUGCCAAAAGACUUUAAAAUGGUACUUGUUGUUACCUUGCCUGGCGCUCAUCAAUAAGGGAAUACAACAACGACUGGUCGGCUCGGAGUCAGUAUACUGUGUCUGAUCUGAUAAAGCUGACUGAGAGUCAAUUAUGGAAACUGAGCAUCGAUGUUCUUUGUUUCGGUUUUGGAGGGGCCUUGGUGUUUCGCCAAUAUGAACAUGUCCAAAAUUACACGGAAUGUUGUACACUGUUCUCGAUGUUUGUAGCUGUUGGCUGGAUGGUGGUUUUCCGGUGGCUUUGAUGGUGUUUUGAAUGAGGUUACUUCUCUUGAAAACAACAUCAGUGUUGGACUGUUUCUUUUAGAGCCUCUCGAUUUUGUGGCUACCAGUACCAAAGUAGGGGAGGCUGAUCACAUACGUUUCAACCAAACAAGACCUUACCACUGAACCACAUCAUCCCGAACACGUAUACACCCCCCCCCCCCCCCCCCCCCCCCCCAGCGUCGACAAUCUGCACCCUUUUGCGAGCGAUCAACCUCCGCCACUUUGGAACUGUUAGCCAUACAAUUGUUCAUCCACAUAUAAAUGUAUGUUAUCCUUAGUUAGUACUCCAACUUCUUAACGCCUUGCAAAGAAGCUAUUGAGAAUAAGUUUUAACAACUUAGAAUGCCUGCUACUAAACAUAUUUACAGGAUAUCAUUGGCAAUAAGACGUAUCACAAAAUUCGUGGGCAUGAGACCGUGAGAACAGAAUACGAUGAAAAUUAGACUCUGCAGACUUCCAUUGUCACCAAAUACAGAGCGACAAAAAUAUUUUGCCUUGUCAUAAAAAAUCUCCACUAAAAGUCCAUUAUAUUAUUUCGACUAUAUCAUAAGCAUGUGUUUUUGAAUCACUGUCACGUAGGGAUGUCACCAGGUGUUCUCGAAAAAGGUGUUCGAAUCCUGCCCACAGGUGGCACCAGUUACAAACACACGUAAAGGCAAAUCAAUUGUUCACCUGAAAAGAACUGGGAAUAUACAAUAUAUGGUAUUUUCUGUUGUCACCUCUCAGUCAUCGCCGCCAUUUUUUCUAUCGUAUGUAUUACUUUUGUAUUGUAAUCAUACCAGCAUGUCUUUCAAUAAACCGUUCCUUUUUACAAA